AUGUGCAAUAACCUGAAUACCCAGAAACACAGGAAAGAACCGGAAGUGUUGCCAACCAGACCGGAAUUUCACCGAGUGGAGAGGAGACUGGAAAUAACUGUUCUUCAUUCAUCAUCACAGAGACAUAAACAAGGCGUUCUUUUGAAGACAGCCAUUAGUUCUGUGUACUUUGGUCAGAUACACACCAACGCAUGUAUACUGUUCGAUGAAGGAGCACAUAAUUCGUUCAUCACUGAAGCGCUUGCGCGUGAACUUGAAGUGAAGCGAACUGGCACAGACACCAUUCAACUGGCAGCAUUCGGCGACAAGAAAGAUUGGAUUCUGCACUUAAAGACAGCUACCAUCAAUCUGAUCUCUGACCGGAAGGAGUGUAUCCCGAUCAAUGUGCUGAUUGUUCCAACCAUAGCUACGCCGAUCAGCACGCGUCUCCAACACACUGCUGCACUUUUGCCCUAUAUCAGCAAGUUGAAACUUGCCCAUCCAGUAACUGCACGUGAGAAUUUCCGCAUUUCAUUGCUGAUAGGCGCUGACCACUACUGGGACAUUAUCGAAGACGAGGUAAUUCGCGGAAAGGGUCCUACGGCAGUGAAAUCGAAAAUAGGAUACGUGUUAUCUGGACCAGUUGGAGCAGACGAAAAAAAAUCGAAUCACGUUCUCAACGUAAUUACUUCGCGUGCAAACAAAGCGAGUUCAUUAGAACGAUCUUUGUUCUUAGAAAACCUGGUGAUCAUUCCACCAACAGAUGUGUCAGAGAAACUAGACAACUUGAAUACAUAUCAGCAGACGUCCAUCGACUACUCUGUUAACCAAUACACCGCGUCUCUACCGUGGGAAAACGACCAUGAGCCGUUACCAUUCCAACUACUACGUAGCUAA